CAAAGGUGGGAGAACGCUGGCCCUCUGUGGGUGUGCGUCUACACCAAAAGGGCUGAUCUUUUGGGGGGAUUAGAUGGGAUUAGAUGGAUUAUAUAGAUAGAUCUUUUGUGGAUUAGAUGGCCAUUCGUGAAGCUUGUCGACAGGGCAGGCAAUUUGUGGAGUGUGCUUCAAGGAGUUGAUCAUCCUGCUGACGUGAUGUGCAAGUCAGCUUGGCCGAGUGGGGCGACAAAGUGGAGAUGACCGCCUAAGAUGAGGUGGUGGGGUUGCAAGGCAACAAGGUGGUGAAUGCUGUGAUCCCAGGAGCUGUCCUCAAGCAAUACUUCUGCGAGUAUGGGACAAUUGGUGCUGCCGUGCUGAUUGGAUUCGGUUUCAUGGCAAACAGUUUUACCUUUUUUGCCCGGUGGGACCAGAGGCCAGAGGCAUGGAAGGCCGACCUUAGCCCAUGUUGUUCUGGGAGAUACACAUGAUCAGGUUCAAGCCACCUCAUCAUGUUGCUGCUUUAUCUCUUCAAUCCUCUUCAUCAAUUAUGUGAUUUAAGAUAUUUGCAAGGGCAGGCAAAUUCCCCCUUCUUGUUGUGGGCAAAGGGGACUUGCAAAGCUCUGCACAACGAAGCUUUUUCAAACGUUCUAGGAAGCUGCAGCUGAUCACUUCAGUGUACCUGCUCAGUUUUGGGAUUCAGCUGCUGAUGCAGACACGUUUGUUGUUCUCGGCCACUUCGCAGGUCUGUUGCCAUCGCUCCUGCACUAGUCUGAUCAUGCUGCAACUCAAGUGCUCCUGUAUAUAGUCAAUGCUUUUCCCGGACUGUCACUGCAGAUGGCUCGAGCCUCGCCUCUCUGAACAAUCUGAUUUCGCCGUGAUCUGCCGUGUUCGAUUUGAUUCAGCAGUCAGCUUCUCUGUGGACACCGAUCCUGAGACCAUCCUAGCAGCUGUGGAGGCGCCGAGCUUCCAACAAGUCUCGGCAAACCUGGCCGAACGAGCGGGUGAAGUCAUGCGUCAAGUCUACGACAUACCAACGCCCUUAGGUUGGUUCAACUUCGAAGCCAAGGAGAAAGAGGAGGCUGUGAAUGGUUUAAGGACGCUGACGCCCGGGGAGACGCUGCAAGCCGCCGAACGCGCUGGGCGCCGGGGCGAGGUGCUGGUCUCCAGUGGAGAGGUCUUGCAGGCACCUGACCUGCAUCCCGAAGGCUGGAUCUGUCGCAAGGGCCCCCACGGCCGGUAUCAUUGGCAUCACCGGUCCUUAGGCCUAGCUCCCUGGGAAGAGGAAGAUAUGCCGAGGUCUUCUACAGGCAAGAAGAGCAAAGGUCCCAGCUUGCCACGUGUUCGAGAAGACUCUCCAGUGAGAUUUCCUGAGUGAAUCAACUCCGGUUGAUCCUCAGAAGUCACCCUGGGGCGGGUUUUGCUGCCUUGAGACUG